GCCCCGAUGUAUCUCUCUCUAUUCUCUCUUCCGGCGCAGACACCGCCACCCCGACGUCUCCUUCUUCCCCUAUAUCCCGUCUCUCUCUCUCUGCUGCUCUCUUCUCUCUCUCCCUCACUCUCCGUCUGUAGAAACGCAGUGCAUUAAAAUGUUACAAGACUCGGCCCCGGGUACAUCAAUUAAAACAACAGUCGCUAUGGCACAGCGCGCGAGAUGAAUUUCAUUUUGUAAUGGGGGUAUUCCUAAGAAGAAACGGCAACGGUGGCUUGUUAUCUCGUCUCAAAGCCCUGGUUAACUUGCAGGCUUUUCUUCUUCUGGAUUGAUGUUUCAUGGGCAGAGAUUUAAACAUACGUCAGCCGAAGAAGGUUCGCAAGCCCAAUUAUACGUGGAUAUGGGUUCUUCAUCUGUAGCCAAUGGAGGCCAUAUUGAUAAGUCGAAAUGGACAAAGUUCGAUUCCAGAAUAUUUGGGAUAAGCCGUUCAAUAAUCCCGCAAGCCUCAUGGGUUGUGUUAAAAAUUCUUAGGAGUGAAGGGUUUCAAGCCUAUCUAGUGGGAGGCUGUGUUAGAGAUUUGCUCCUAAAUAAGACACCAAAAGAUUUUGAUGUGAUUACCACAGCUAAACUUAAGCAGAUCAAGAAACAGUUUCAUCAUGCUGAGAUCGUUGGACGGCGAUUUCCUAUAUGCAAGGUGCAUAUCAAAGGGUCUGUAAUUGAGGUUUCCAGUUUUGAUACAGUGGCAGAACGUGCUGGAGAAAAGGAAAAAGUUUUUUCCUUGAAAGUUCCAAAAGGCUGUGAUGAGAACGACUUCAUACGCUGGAGAAACUCCAUUUGUAGAGACUUCACUAUCAAUGCCUUGUUCUUUGACCCUUUUGCCAACACAAUAUAUGAUUACGCUAAUGGAAUGGUGGACUUAAGAUCCCUAAAGCUGCGAACAUUGAUCCCUGCUCAAUUGUCAUUCAAAGAGGAUUGUGCAAGAAUUUUGCGGGGCUUAAGAAUUGCAGCUCGUUUGGGCUUAUCAUUAUCAAAGGAGACAGAUACUGCAAUUCAUAACCUCUCAUCAUCUGUUCAGAGUUUAGACAAGGGCAGGAUAGGGAUGGAGUUGAACUAUAUGCUGUCUUAUGGAGCUGCCGCACCUUCUCUCUGCUUGCUUCAGAGAUAUAACCUACUUGAAAUGCUACUUCCAUUUCAUGCAGCAUAUCUUCAAGAGGCCAAGCAGAGUGCCAAGAGUUCCACUAUGUUGAUGAAAUUAUUCUUCUAUUUGGAUAAAGUGGUUACUUGUGAUCGACCUUCUGAUUGCAGUCUAUGGAUGGGACUGUUGGCUUUCAACCAGGCAUUAGUAAAUAACCCUCAAGAGGCUCUUGUGAUUUUAACAUUUGCUUCUGUUUUGUACCAUGGAAGCUGGAAGGAAGGUGUUAAAUUUGCCAAAACAAAUGCCCGAAUGCAAGUUAAUUUUGCACCUGAGAUCUUGGGUUCCUCUGAUAUUGAAGCAGAUGAAGAACUUGCUGAAGCCGUUACUCAGUUAGCAUCUUUAGUGCAGGAUUCCAUAGUUGCUUUGACUGAGACAGAAAGUCUUUUCAAAUCAAUGUCCAGAUUCCCAGUUUCUCAGUGCUCUGGUUUUGUAUUUAUUUCAAAGAAGAUGGGGAAAGAUGUCGCUGAAAUUUUCAACGUACUCUUAAAUGAUAUUGAAUCAUACAAUUCUGGAAGAAAGAGUUUUGAGAUUGACUAUCAUUUGCUUGGGAGGGGGUUUCUGAAUGAGACAAGAUUUGUUCUUGGCAAGAUUAUAUUGGAAACCAUGAGUGAAGUUGUUGAAGGAGGAAUGGAGGGUGUCAAGGUGGAGGAAACUCAUCUGCAGCCAGACUUCACCAAGGAGAAUUAUGGUCUGGCACUUUCUGAUUUUGUGAAGCCACGAGUUGUGAAGGAUAGAAAUCAUAAACGUGGCCUGUCUGAAUCUAGUCUUGAACCACAGCACGGGAAGGUGAAGAAACAAAAGUUGGUUAAGAAGAAAAGCAAUAGUCUCUCCAAACAGGAGGUAGAUGAUAUGGUGAAGUGCCUGGAGGUGGGUGAGAAGCAUCAGACAGUAAUCAAGACGGGUCAAUUGCCUCAGGUAGAAGCAAAUAUGACACAGGGAAUCAUGGUAGAGAGGGAAAAUUGUCAAUUGCCGGAGAUGGAGGUUACAAAGGAAAUGCAAGAGGACGUGGAGAAUGUUGAGAAGGAUAAGAGACAUUUGAAGGUGGUGGAGAAGAUGCUAUCUCAGGAUAAGGUAACUAAGAAGGAUAAAGUACUUGGCAGUCGUAAUUUGAGGCGGGAGGCAAAAACGAAGCAGAAAAAGAUGUUAGAGAAGGAAGGAUUGGCUUUCUCAUCUCAGGUGGCGGUCAAAGGUAAACGCGAUGAAGUACUGGUGAAGGAGAAUAGCAGUAAACCUUUACUAUCAAGCUUGUUCAAGUAAAUUUGUCAAUGUUUGUUGUAAAACAUGUGCCAUGCAAUAAGAACGCCAUCACCAGCAAAUGGAAUUGGCGGGUAUCCCUUCUCCCCUCAUUCAUUUAUCUACCUCUCUCGUGUUAUCUGGAUGACUAAACUCACCCCUGACUCGCGAGAGCUGAUGGAAAUAAUCGUUGAAACAUGUAACAGGCGUCUCUGGAGAACUGAAGUGUACUUGGAACUGAGUCAAGUAGCCUAACUGGCGGACGGAGUGGGUCAUGGGUUUACUUUUUCUUUUUGUUCUUUUCUUUAUGUAGUAGUUCAAUUCAGUAAGAGUGAGGAGGUUGUAAAGACUAUUGGGCCUUUGCCUGUAACGCUUAGUAUUGCUUUAUUUAUAGUUUCCGGUUGUUUAGCUCUCAGCCCAUUAAGAGGGCAACCUUAGGCCUAGUAGGUAUGGAGCAUCAUCUGCUCUGAUAGUGAUGGCGUCACCAUAUUGUCAUUUUUUUUUUUUUAAAGAAAAAAAGGGAGAAUUUCAUGGUCGAGUUUU